AUGGAGAACUAUCAGAAGCUGGAGAAGGUCGGAGAGGGCACUUACGGCGUGGUGUACAAGGCUCGAGACCUUGCCAAUGGUGGACGCAUUGUUGCCCUGAAAAAGAUCCGACUCGAGGCCGAAGACGAGGGCGUCCCCAGCACCGCCAUCCGCGAGAUUUCCCUCCUCAAGGAGAUGCGAGACCCUCACAUCCUUCGACUGCUCAACAUUGUCCACUCCGAUGGCCACAAGCUAUAUCUAGUCUUCGAGUUCCUUGACCUCGACUUGAAGAGAUACAUGGAGGCGCUCCCCGUCAGCGAUGGCGGUCGUGGAAAGGCUCUCCCCGAGGGCUCUUCGCUUCGCCUGCAGCACCUUGGACUGGGCGACGCCGUCAUCCGCAAGUUCAUGAUGCACCUGUGCAACGGCAUCAAGUACUGCCACUCUCACCGCGUCCUGCACCGAGAUCUCAAACCCCAGAACCUACUCAUUGACAAAGAGGGAAACUUGAAGCUUGCAGAUUUCGGUCUGGCGCGGGCGUUUGGUGUGCCGCUACGAACCUACACGCACGAGGUGGUGACUCUGUGGUACCGAGCUCCUGAGAUUCUUCUUGGUGGAAGGCAGUACUCCACCGGCGUCGACAUGUGGUCGAUUGGGUGCAUCUUUGCCGAAAUGUGCACCCGCAAGCCCCUUUUCCCGGGCGACUCAGAGAUUGACGAAAUCUUUCGCAUUUUCCGUGCUCUCGGAACCCCGACCGAGGACCUGUGGCCCGGCGUCACGUCCUACCCCGAUUUCAAGGCGUCUUUCCCUAAGUGGCAGCGAGAUUUCCAGCGCCCUCUCACCCCGAACCUCGACGAGAAGGGCUUGGAUCUGCUGGAGAUGAUGCUUGUCUACGACCCUGCCGGACGAAUCUCGGCCAAGCAGGCUUGCAACCAUCCGUACUUUGAAGACUACGUUCCCUCCGCGCCGACGACGACGACGCCCGCAGCAGCCCCGACAGCAGCCCGCAGUGCCAGCUACUUCCACUAG